AUGAGCAUGCACACCGUGCAAUUCAAAGAUUUUGUAAUACGUCAGCCUUGGGCAAAACGACGCACUAUUACGUCUGUUCUAUGCAAAUUUCGGCGCAACGUUCACUUUGGUUUCCUGGUUCCACAGAAAGGUAAUCUUGUUGAAGUUCUGAUGGGCGAUGGAGCGUGGAGCUCAACAUUGCCUGCACAUUCAUCUCCAACCAUCUCGACACUUUCACUCAAGACGAAAAUCUCUUUCAAAACUGGAGCGGCCACAGCUGUCACCGUGACUCCCUUCUAUACCUUGAAACCAGAGUUGCCACCCAAAAGCCCUAUGCUUGGCAGCUCAGAUCUCUUGACUGCAUAUGAUCUCGGAGCUGUUUACAGCCGAUACUGUGGUGCCAAGAAAAUGCGAGAAGAUUUGAACUCCUUUCUGCCGCAAAUUUAUGGCAAUUUCAAUUUUUCGCAGGCACAGGAUAUAAGCUCGUUGAAGAUGUUAGUCGAGAAGCCUCCCAUCACUGGUAAGGAGAUUAACACGUUAUCAUCCACUGCCAUGAGCGGCUUUCGUCUGACGCCCGGUCCAGUCGAUGAAAGGUACCGGUACCUGUUUGAGAAAAAACGAGAGGGUGACGGCAUGCCUGUGAUUUAUGACAUAGAGAGGAAAGAUUAUAGUGCUGGCCAAAGAUACAAAAACUCUUUGGAUAGUUUAGAUGGCGACGAGCCAGAGCGCAAAAAGCAUAAGAGUGAUAAGAAGGAGAAGAAGAAAAAGAAGGACAAGAAGAAGAAGGAAAAGAAAGAUGAGGAGCGAAAACAUAGGAAGACUGCUGAGGGUGUGCCACCAGCGCCGCCGACCAUGAUGGAAUUUUGAAAACAGAACGGAUCUAUGAUGAACCAAUAGCAGGACGACGCAUACAGCUGAUGACUACGAGAGGCAUUGCGUCGAUAACCUUCUAAAGUUUUGCAUCAAACAUCGCCUCAACUAUUGACACCAACGAUGAGUUAGUGGAUUUUGUGCAUUUUGCAAUUCAAUAUCAUGUGCUUUCUUCACUAUUGGUGAUUUAUUUUGUUCACAUCACUUUACGAUAUUCAGUGUAUGAUUGUUUUAUAUCUUUGAUGUUGUUCAAGUGCCAUUCGUUUCAUCGAGGCAGAACUGCUUCACUUUGAUUCUCAGGAUUUCCUCGGUUUACUGCCUAAAGUAUCGGUCAUAACUUAUCAACCAUCGUUCGAUUUGGCAUCGCUACGAUUGUUCGUAACUUGCCAUAAGCCUUUAUAUUGGCAAAGCUUGACACACUCGCGUCUCUUAAAGUUAUGCACCUAUGCUUUCGAUUUUCGAACAUGACCUUUGGUGGACUGCGAAAUUGCAUGGCAACCACCAUUUGGUACAAUCUUUCGAGGUAUGACCGAUACCUAAGAUCUGCGAAAACAACAGGAAUUGCUAACAUGAAUUGAAUCUUCCAUAGUGGAUUGUUAUUCUUGGUCAUUUGAUCACACGACAUGAAUCAUUCUUCAUCGUGAUGUCUGGAAACGAUCACUCUCUGUUUCUCCAAUUAAGUCUUAACCUGUUGCGAAGCCCUCUGAGACUCCUUUAAGAGCCUUGCGAUAUUCACGUCAACCUAAGUCUGGAUCCGAAACAAUGGCGGAUUUAAUGUGCACGUUUUGAUUGUAAUUUUUAGCCAUUGAAGAUCUCUGGUUUCCAUUGAGUUUAUCAUAUUAUGUCUAUGUUGUUGCUAUAGUUGUAGAC